AUGGGCUGGCGGCGCAUUCCUGGCGGCCUUGUUGAGGAGGCUCCCGGGGCUCCUGCAGACGGCUGCGUUGCCGCGCUGCGGCCGGGCUGCGGCCUGUACCUAAGUGGGGCGCAGGCCGCAGCCCGUGCUCCAAGCCCUGGGACGGUGAGGCAAGAGCGAGCCACAGGAGCGGCGUCUGCGGGCUCAAGAGUGGAACGGCGAGGCAAGAUCGAGCCGCAGGAGCGGCGUCUGCGGGCUCAAGAGUGGAACGGCGAGGCAAGAGUGAGCCGCCGGAGCGGCGUCUGCGGGCUCAAGAGUGGAACGGCGAGGCAAGAUCGAGCCGCAGGAGCGGCGUCUGCGGGCUCAAGAGUGGAACGGCGAGGCAAGAUCGAGCCGCCGGAGCGGCGUCUGCGGGCUCAAGAGUGGAACGGCGAGGCAAGAUCGAGCCGCCGGAGCGGCGUCUGCGGGCUCAAGAGUGGAACGGCGAGGCAAGAGCAAGUUUCAGCAUUGGCUUCUUUGAGCUCAGGAGCGGAACAGCGAGAAGCCCUGGGACGGCGAGGCAAGAUCGAGCCGCCGGAGCGGCGUCUGCGGGCUCAAGAGUGGAACGGCGAGGCAAGAUCGAGCCGCCGGAGCGGCGUCUGCGGGCUCAAGAGUGGAACGGCGAGGCAAGAUCGAGCCGCAGGAGCGGCGUCUGCGGGCUCAAGAGUGGAACGGCGAGGCAAGAUUGAGCCGCCGGAGCGGCGUCUGCGGGCUCAAGAGUGGAACGGCGAGGCAAGAGCAAGCUUCAGCAUUGGCUUCUUUGAGCUCAGGAGUGGAACAGCGAGAAGCCGUGGGACCACGAGGCAAGAGCGGCAGUGUCUUCGAGCUCAAGUGUGGAACGGCGCGGCAAGAGCGAGCUUGGAGCUGAAGAGGAGCACAAAGGGCCCUCUGGGGGGCAGGCUGAAGAAGCGCUGUGCCGCAGGGCACGGUCCCGCCUUUGCCAUUGCUAUGGGCUGGCGGCGCAUUCCUGGCGGCCUUGUUGAGGAGGCUCCCGGGGCUCCUGCAGACGGCUGUGUUGCCGCGCUGCGGCCGGGCUGCGGCCUGUACCUAAGUGGGGCGCAGGCCGCAGCCCGUGCGCCGUAG